AGCAAGUUGAGGCUAGAAAAAGCAAGAACAUGACACGUGCUGCCCUCUCUUGUGCAAUUCUUUAGUUGAAGAUCUGGAAGUGUUGACAAUCGCAAAAUAAACGAAAAAUUAUAAUAAUUUUCUUGGAAUAUUACAAAUAUAAUAUUAAUAUAAAUUAUAGUGUUUAUAAAGUGUUUGUUUCUUUGAAAUUUACAUUUUUAAACACAUAAAUGUACAAUCAUGCGUACCAACUGUAUCAUGCACAAUCGGGUAAGUUCGCCACAAAUGGAUGUUUUCAAUAUUGUAGUGGACUAAUCAGAACGUCGAGUUUGAAUUUAAAACUUUUUAUCGGUCAAAAGUUGUUUCAUACCUUGUUCAUGUUUUGUUCCACGCGGUAAUAUCUUCAACGUCUUUUUAUCUCCACACUGCCCGUUGUGAUCGUACAAUUUUACAAGAUAUUUACUAAACGUGCCACACGUUGCAUCAACUUUUGGUGUGGAAGUAACAAAAAUGGAACGCAUCAAGAGUCGCAAGCGCAUCGGCAUCGGCAAUGUGCAAGAAAACAAUCCACGAGCAGCAGUCGCUAAUGCGAAAUUACCAAACAACUUUAAACCAGUGACUCGCACAGCCCUUGGCAAUGUUGCAAACGCCUUGAAGACAUCUACAACACCCACGCCUCUAGCCUCUAGCACUGUCUGUGGCGCUGUUAAGAAAGAAAAAGCAUUACUGCUUAAACCAGCGUUUAAAAAACCAGCACCAGCCCCUAGAGCUACCAAUGCAGCUGUACCAACCACAAAAGGGCAAGCACCGCGACCACUACUCGCCGCAAAGACAAACAUCCUGGAAAAACCUACAAAACCCCAGCCUGUCUUCGCUGUUAAGAAAGAAAAAGAAAUUCAGCUCAAACCGGCACACAAUGUGCAAUUGAGACCAACUAUUCAAAACAUUAAUCUAGACAUCGCAAAGACCUUCAAGUCAGGGCAGAUCAUCGAACGCGUUCCCAAAAUCAUUCCCGUCCCCAACGGAAUUCGUGACGUGGAUCGCGAAGCCGACCCGCAACUUGUGUCUGAAUACGUCAAAGACAUCAUGCGACAUUUAAAACAUCUAGAAAUUAAGUAUCCGAUAACCAAAGAUUAUCUCAAAAGUCAUAAAUUGACAGAAAAGCAUCGCGCGGCACUCAUCAACUGGAUUGUUGAAGCCUGUGAUUCAUUCAAGUUCACAAAAGAGACACUGCACAUGAGUGUAUCCCUAAUUGAUCGCUACCUAGCUCGAAAUCAUCGCAUUACAACACAAAACUUACAACUGGUCGGAAUUGCCGCCAUGCUUAUCGCGCAUAAAUACGAAGAAACAAAUUUCAUCUCAAUGGAGGAUUGGGAGUACUGCUGUGACCAUGCGUACAAAAACAGCGAAAUACUCAGCAUGGAGAAGGAUAUGUUACACAGGAUGGACUUUUAUGUUGGUAGACCGACAUCGAUUACUUUCCUACGACGUUAUCAUAAGGUAAUAUUGGCGUCGUUGCGGCAUCAUGAGCUAGGCAAGUAUUUAAUUGAACUGGCGUUGAUGGAGUAUGACUUAUGCGCGGUGAAACCAAGCAUGCAUGCCGCUGCGGCGUGUUGCCUAGCUCACUGGUUGAUUGAAAAGAUGGUGAAGCCGGCUGACAGCUGGUCGAAUAUUUUAAUGUAUUAUUCGGGGUAUAAAUAUUCGGACAUUGCGUCUACAGUGAUGCGUUUCGCGGUAAUGGUGCAGCGUGCAGUGACUUCGAAACAUCAGUAUGUUCGUAAGUUGUACUCACAAGACAAGCACCAGCGCAUUGCUUUGUAUACAGGGUUGCGGAGCGCUAGGCUGAAGGCGUUCACCGCUGCGAUUGCGCAAACAUAA